AUGUCCUAUUACGAAGGUCAAGUUUACCAGGGUUUUCGGCACGGAAAUGGAUUUUUUGUGGGACCACCUGCUGAACCAGAUCUACCAAGAAUAUAUAUGUCGGGAACUUGGAAUCUAGGUAAACUAGUAGGAAAAGGCAAUUUGAAACAAGGAAGUCAAUUGUAUGAGGGAACAUUUGAAAAUAGUGUACGCACUGGCAAAGGGAUAAGAUAUUAUGAUCCAAAUUCAGUUUAUGCUGGAGAUUUUAUUAACGGCAUCAGAGAUGGAAAUGGAACUAUGGUCUGGGAGAAUAAUGAUGUAUAUAUAGGAAAUUGGAAAAAUGGAUUGAGGCAUGGCUAUGGCGAGUACAUAUGGGAAGCCUAUUUAUAUCCUGAAAUAUGCUUCUUUAAUCAAAAUUUUUACUAUGGAACGUUAACUUUGAAUAAUGGAUGUCUCUAUGACGGAAGUUGGCAUGAUGAUAUCAAACAUGGAACUGGUCUCAUUGUUUGCAAAAAUGGUUUGAUCAUAAAAUCAGAACAAUUAUAUUAUAAAAAUCGUCCUGCAAUGAUCAAAGGAUCUAAGAAUGUAAAUGAAGAUAUAUCUGAAAAUGAUAAUCGUUCGAAGAAGAAAGUUAUUACAAAAUGUAAAUAUAUAUAA